ACUUGCUGUUUUGUAGUUGUUGUGUUGUACUUCACUUCUUUGCUCUGACGUUGUUCCCCCAGAUCAACAAUCUACAGGUUUAGUUGUGGAUGUUCAGAUGGAGGUGGCCGCUCCCAAGCCCAAGACAUUUGUUCUGGAGCUUACAGAGCAGGAGUGGAAGGAUAACCAAGCUAUGGGAGCUUUUGCUGGCAUGAAGAUUUCAUACACCAUGGAGGGAGAGAAGUAUAAGAUCGAGAUGACCGCUGAGCAGUACGAGAAAUACAAGAAGAAUUGCGAAAACCCGGGCUAUGUACUGCGACUGAGUGAAGAGGAGUGGCAGGAGCACCAAGCUAAUGCUAUGUUUGCUGGCCUCAAGAUAUCUUACACCAUGGACAAUGGUACGUAUGUGGUCAGACUCACUGAUGAACAAUACGAGGAAUACAAGAAGAAUUCAGGUGGCUACUCCCUGUGCCUCACAACGGAGCAGUACGAAGAACUCCAGAAGUACAACGUGUUCGUCGGGAUAAACAUCACCUACACAAUGCAGAAUGGCAACUACGUGAUCAAGAUGACUAAUGCUGAGUACCAGAUAUACCUGAAAAACAGACAAAUAGCCGGUCCGAUAACCUCAAUGCAAUAUAACAUUACUAUGGCUGCAGAUGGCUGGUACAAUGUACACCUGACCCCCGAGCUGUGGAAUUCCAUGCUGGAUAACGGCAAGUUUUGUGGUCUUGAAGUGCACUACACUGUGGAGGAAGCUGGGGACUAUGUGGUGAAACUAUCCCAGCAGCAAUAUGAGCAGUUUGUAAGCUACAGAUCCAAAGGGGAAGCCUCAAGCGAUGUGUUUUCUGUCACAGUCGACCCGAGUGGCAAAUACGUAUUGGGUCUAGCUGAAGAUCAGUAUAAGACUCUUGUCUCCAUCGGCUCCUUCAAGAACCUGGAGAUCAAGGUAUCAGUAGGCUCUGAUAGGUCCCACACAGUGAUCAUGUCUAAAGAGGAUUACAACACCUUUCUGACGAGACAUUCUGGAUCUGGAGGGUCUAAUGAGGAUGUUGGAAAACAGUUUAACAUCGGUAUUUGUCCCGAGAGUGGGAGAUACACCCUGGUUUUAUCAGCACCCCAGUGGGCCUACCUCUCCAAGUUGGAGGUCCUGCACCAGCCUGGUGUUCAGGUGGACAAGCAGCCAGAUGGCUCCAUCAUUGUCUACCUGACCCAGGAGCACUACAGCAUAUUCCUCAGCAGCAUAUCUGUCAACUCCAAGCCCCGUGUCAAUGUUACCAUCACGGAUAUUACUGUCGAGAUGGGCUCCGGUGGUCAGUAUAUCCUAGUCCUGACAUCACAACAGUGGAUCACCCUCCGGAACCAGGGAGCCUUCGCUGGUCUGGACCUCCAAGUAGAGGAGCUAGGUAACGGAGACCACAAGGUCAUCCUAUCUGCUGAGGAGUAUCAGAUGUUCAUGACCAGCCAAGCUCAAAGUAACACCAGCACUACUUCACUAGACUUCAAAGUGACCAUUACUCAAGGUUAGGAAAACGUGAUGAGAAAUACUUGCUGUAAGUAAUUUCCAAUUUCAUCAGAGGAGGUGAGAAGAAACGAAUUUCACUCGCUACGUUUA